CCACAGCGGUACCCUCCAACCCCGCGUCCCGGAUGUGGAAGUAGGUGGGCGGCUGCUCUUCUCGGUCGUGCACCCCCUAAAGGCACGGUGCAGGGAUUUAGCUGGUGUUGUCUUGCCUCACAGAACAACCACGUCUGUUGCAGGCCUAGGCUGGAUUGUAGCCUUUGUAAACAAGAGAAGGUCUGUAGGCUAUCAGCAUGGCAUUUCCAGAGAGGUCCUAAUGAUUUACACCUUUGUCAAGAACAGGAAUUAUAUGGACUUCUUUGAGGAUGAUCGACCCGGCCUGGAUCUGAGGAAGGGAUGAGAUAAUGUGUGAUCAGCGUGAAACUGACACCGCAGAAGUCAAGUGGCAGAAAGUUUUAUACGAGCGGCAGCCCUUCCCUGAUAACUAUGUUGACCAACGAUUCCUGGAAGAACUCCGGAAAAACAUCUAUGCCCGGAAAUACCAAUACUGGGCUGUGGUGUUUGAGUCCAGCGUGGUGAUCCAGCAAUUGUGCAGUGUCUGCGUUUUUGUGGUGAUCUGGUGGUACAUGGAUGCGGGUCUUCUGGCCCCCCAGUGGCUUUUUGGGGCUGGACUGGCAUCUUCAUUGAUUGGGUAUGUUUUAUUUGAUCUCAUUGAUGGAGGUGAUGGACGGAAGAAGAGUGGGCGGACACGGUGGGCUGACCUGAAGAGUACUUUGGUCUUCAUUACCUUCACUUAUGGCUUUUCACCAGUGCUGAAGACGCUGACGGAAUCUGUCAGUACCGACACCAUUUAUGCCAUGUCAGUUUUUAUGCUGUUAGGCCACCUCAUCUUCUUUGAUUAUGGUGCCAACGCUGCUAUUGUAUCUAGCACACUGUCCUUGAACAUGGCCAUCUUUGCUUCUGUUUGCCUGGCCUCACGUCUCCCCCGGUCACUGCAUGCCUUCAUUAUGGUAACGUUUGCCAUCCAGAUUUUUGCGCUGUGGCCCAUGUUACAGAAGAAACUGAAGGCAUAUACCCCCCGAAGCUAUGUUGGGGUCACUCUGCUUUUUGCAUUUUCAGCUUUUGGAGGUCUUUUGUCCAUUAGUGGUGUGGGAGCCAUACUCUUUGCCCUUCUGCUGAUAUCUAUAUCAUGUCUCUGCCCUUACUACCUCAUUCGCCUGCAGCUUUUUAAGGAAAAUAUUCAUGGGCCAUGGGAUGAAGCUGAAAUCAAGGAAGACUUGUCUAGGUUUCUUAGCUAAGCUAGGAACCUUCAUUCAUUAUUAAGACAAGCUGAAAGACUUAUAACCUAACCAGUAUAACAUUUAAAGGCAGAAUUCCACUCUUGAAGCAGCAGGCUGAUCUGGGUGGCAGAGCAGAGAUCAGCAGAAAAGCAUUUAACCAAGGGCUUAGGAGGAAGCUGUUUGUCUUUCAGUUAUUUUGUGACUCAAAAGCUUUCUGGUGCUGUCAUGAAUAAUUGUCCUUUAUUACCUUAACAAAUGAUGUAAUGUGGGUUCACUUAUUAAAAAAGUAACAGCCA